AUGGUGGUGACCUUGUUGAAAGUUCCUCGCUCUACCAUGAAUUGUCGGGGGAAGAUGCUUGCCACAUUGGGACGUUCAAUGGUCGUGCCCACCGAACUCAGUUCAAGUUCCGGUGAAAUCUGGUGCCGGGGGAAGGUCAAUGGGCGACAAAAGACGAUCGGAGGCGCACGCAAUGUUACCCCCGAGAGAGAGAGACUUAUUCAAUCGGCAUUCAAUGAAUCUUGUGUGAUCCCCCGAACAAU